AUGAGCAUUUUGCGCUAUAAGGAGUACACUUCCGGACUGCAACAUGCAGCUCAGAGAUGGACUAGAUUAUGUUCAGUUGAUAGCAAUUGGUUUGAACGAACCACACCAGGUGCCUUUAUUCAUGGCCAGAACACAUACCGCAGCCCGACAAAGGUAACGUGGAAGGAUGUUCUCGACGUCUGGAAAGCGGAAAAUACAAGUUUUACAUACGGACAUUCAAACAACGCAUCACUUGUAGGAAAUUACACACAGAUGAUAUCUGCCAACACGACCGCUUUGGGCUGUGGUGUCAGCGAUUGCCAUGGAUUCUUCCUCUACAUGUGCCUUUACAUACCAAUAUGUCGGUCAUUUAUAAUGUUUACAGAUUGCAAUGGCGUCACGUGUCUCGGUGGCUCUACUUUGAAUCUGACAACGUGUUCGUGUGAAUGCAUCAAAACCAUGGGAGAUGCGGAAAUGUACAACGGGACCCUGUGUGAAUUGACCUGCAGCGACCCGCUCGGGGACGAUCCUGCCUGUGGUAAACCCCCAUACACCAAUGACUCGUGUGACACCAACAUGGAUACAAUGUUCCACUGCCCUUAUAAAGUUAACGCCCAUGACGACGACGAGGAAGAAGAUGACGAUGACGAUGGCGAUGAUGAUGAGCUAUAUGCGUAA